CGUGAAUGCCGCAGGAACUCACCGAGUAGGAUCCAACCGUUAACAGUCUCCUUACUGAACAGAUGGUGGUGAAGAAACAUUAACAAAAACUCCGUCACUGCCACAGAUUUGUCUCUGCUCUCAUCCAACAUGCAGAGAAAAAGCUGCAAAGAAACGGUCAGAGUUUAAACAUGACCAUCCAGCAGGCGUUCAUCUGGGUCUUCUUCCUCUCUCUGCAGGGAGGAAGCUCUAAUUUCCUCGAGGACCAAACCACAUCAUAUGUUCCAUACGUCAGAACUGAAGGAGAGGAUGUAACCAUGGACUGUCCCACUUCUUCAGGCUCCAGUCCAAAGUUCUUCUGCAGAGAGGAGUGCACAGAGAAAGACAUCCUGAUAAGCUCGGCAGAUCCCAGCACUUGGACAGGCAAAUACGGUAUCAUGUGGACUAGUGUGACACCAGAGACACCAGAUAAAGGGAUUUUCAAAGUGAAAAUCUCUCAGCUGACCAAGUCAGAUUCAGGCCUGUACCGGUGUGGCGUGGGUGGAUCUACAUCGUCAGCAUCAUACACGUACAUCGAACUCAUAGUUGUAGACGUGAUGCUGAACGGUCAGAGGAAACAUGCAUCCAUCUCCAUGAAGCCUGGAGGAAACUUGGUGGUUGACUGCUACAUUGAAUCCCAACUACCUGUCACAAGUUUCUUCCUCUGCACCCCAGAAGAGUGUUUGAACAUUCCCAUCAUUAUGACGCAGUUCACUGUGCUGAUCGGAAGAUUCACCUUCACAUAUAUAGACAUUACAAGAGCCAAAUGUAUGUAUGUGAGCAUCUCAAAGCUGAAGGAGUCGGACUCAAGAACCUACCGCUGUGGUCUGAAACUGCUCGGGCAGAUGAAGGAGAGAUCAUUCCAUCUGUCCGUCACAGACGCUUUAAAACCAAAGCUGGAAACUUCAACAUCAAUCCCAACAUCCACAGACAGCGCCAAGAGUCCUGAACCAGGAAGCCCCUCUCCCACACCAAAACCCACAAACAUCACUCAACCAUCUGCACAAGCCACAUCAGACGGUCUGGUGUAUGUGCUCGUGGUUCUUGUCAUCAUCAUCAUCGUCUUGGGGUUGGCGCUUAUUCUAGUCUUUACUCACAGGAACAUCAGACCUCUGGGUUUGAACUGCAGAGGACAGAGAGACAGCUUGAACAUGGAGAUCCCAGCUUAUGAAAACCAUCUCCCCACCUCUGGGAUUGAAGAGUCCGUCUACGAGAGUUUAGAUCAAGCCAACACAGAGCAAAGCUACUCCACACUCGGCUACAGAUCACAGGAUGCUGCUAAAAGUUGUCCUUAGGAUAUUUACCCAUAAAUUAUACUAUGGCUGUUGGAACAAAUUUUGGGCGUUGAAUAUGAUUUGAAUUUUAGAAUGCCUUUGGAACAUUUUUCAUUGUUGACCAACAGUGCUAAAAUAACUGAGAGACCUCUAAAUGAUGCAGCUGGCCGUGUGAACCACCCAUUAUUUCUCCAUUGCAAUCUGUAAAGCAUUGAAGGAGGGCCCUCUAGUGGAGAAAUGUGUAACUACAUAGUGAUUAAGGCACUGGCAACUGAAAUUUUUGUAUGUAUGUAUUGAUUAAAUGAUAAUAUAUGUGCAUAAAUAUUCUAUCAUUCAAAAUCUGCAAAUAAUAAAUUAAUUAUACUACAUAACAUGCACAUUAACCACAUAAGAUUAUGAAUUAUAAGUUGUGUACUGAUAUUUAUUUUUAGGGGAUUUUGGAAUAAUGUUUAUCACAGCUGGGUCACGUUGAUCAGCCAAAGCAGACACAACUGAAGUCAUUUUUGACAAAGCCAGUGGUCUUCCAGAGAAUCAAAUAAAGGUUACUGUUUAUGCUGAAGUACUUACGUUAACUUUGGUUUUAACAAUGUAAUUUUUAGCAAAUGUAGUUAAAGUUAUAGUAGCUACAUUAGCUACAUAGAUGGCAAAGCUAAAUUAGCUUAAGCAGGCUUAGCGUAAGCUAACAAAGCAGGUGUAGCUUCCUUAGCUCUAGCUACUUUAGCUAUGUUACCCCUGUAGUGUUGAGAGAAUUGACAUUCUGGUGUUAUUACAUUACUGUCCUGAAGCUGAAAGAACAGUACCAUGGCUUAAUGCUCCUUUAUUGAGGCUUGUUAAACAUUUAUCCUAAGGUGAUAUAACAGAGUAUGACAUGUCUUAAAUCUGCCCUGGCAGCAGGCAGGUUUAUUUUCGUAUGUGGUUUUAAGUUGUUUUUUUUCUCUCUCUCUAUUGUUCCAUGGCAAUAGAAGGGUGUACAAAGGAUAUCCACUUAAAAUGGUAAUAACAAAAAAACAACAUUGCGACUCGCAGAGGUGCGAAGAGCUUCUUGAUGAUGCGAGCACGUUUUUGUAAACAUGAUGUUACAUAAUGGAGACAAGUAGAGGUGAAACCUCUUGGUGAAAUUCUAAGCACAGCAAGGGGGUUUUUGCUUUGGGUGAACUUCCUUUACCUCGGCAGGUGACCUUUUGGAUGAACUUUGAGAUCUGGUAAACUAUAGUGACCUUAUAAAUGCUAAACUUAAAUUCAACAUAGGGUUUCCCCCUAAAGUCGGGUUUCAAAGAUUACCUUUCCUGGAAGUCACAGUACAGGUGGAGACCUAGCGUACCUUAUAAAAAGGCCUCAAAAGUCCAACCAUAGGUUCCGAUUGGCAUGUACCUGUUCUUCGGUCCUGAGACCUUCUGUGGGCGAUCGGUGAUACCUCCUAUCAGUGAACAAACCAGUUAAGGGUCAUUACUACUUGUAAGUGGAAAGGAAACUCCUCUACAAACGAGGGUGUGAACAGACACUAACAAGUACUACCCAACAGCUGUUAAACGUCAGGGAGACCCAUGCUGGUAUUUUGCUCACCGAAGGUUGAGUCAGCUGAUGAGAGUAAACAGUCUCCUUGGUCCGGGAUGCAGGACUAAAUUUGACCGAAUCUAUCUUUUUUGGUUUCAACUCGUGAGUUUUUAACCUUUUUGAAUUUUUGGUGCCUAUAUUCUCAUUUUGAAACAAUAUGUUUUGUUUUUGCUUUAAAAUUGAAUUUUAAAUCUUUUCUUGUUCAUGUAAUCAUUUAAAUUUUCAUAUAAUCCAUUUUCUUUGCUGUUGAUGCCUGUACUCCUCAAUGAAAUUUGCUGAGUCUAAUCAACUCAGGUUUUAUUUUUGAAUUUCUUGAGUAUUUUUUGUACAUAUUUUUGCUAAAGCUUUGUCAAAAUAAAAAGGUUUU